GAUUUUCUUUGCACUUUCAGGGCCCUGGUCAGGUGCCUGGUCUUUGGUGACGUCCGCUCAGUCCUGUAGCAAGGGCCAGGGAGGGAUUCCCAGAUCUUGAGGGUGACGCUUGGGGUUUCCCCGUCUGAUAGGAGCAGAGGGCCUCGCCCUCCCCCAGGCGGGGCUUUGAACACUGGAGGCCGCGCUCUGGCCCCGAGGCUGCUGAGCUCCCCAGACACCCAGCUCCCGCAGUGCCAUGGGUCAGCUGAUAGCCAAACUGAUGCGAAUCUUUGGGAGCCAGGAGCACAAAGUCAUCAUCGUGGGACUGGACAACGCAGGAAAGACCACCAUUCUCUACCAGUUCCUGACCAAUGAAGUGGUCCACACGUGUUCCACCAUUGGCAGCAAUGUGGAAGAAAUAGUUUUUCAGAAGACCCACUUCCUUAUGUGGGACCUAGGGGGCCAGGAGGCGCUGCGCCCCACCUGGGACACAUACUACUCCAAUGCUGAGUUUGUCAUCCUUGUGAUCGACAGUACAGACCGGAAGCGAUUGCCAGCCACUCGGGAGGAACUGUAUAAGAUGCUGGCCCAUGAGGCACUUCAAGAUGCUUCGGUACUGAUCUUGGCCAACAAGCAGGAUGUAAAGGGCUCCAUGACCACAGCAGAGAUCUCCCGAUUCCUCAAACUCAGUGCCAUCAAAGACCACCCGUGGCAUAUCCAGGGCUGCUGUGCUCUCACGGGAGAAGGGCUGCCAGCUGGGCUCCAGUGGAUGCAAUCCCAGGCCUCCACCAACUGAUGCCCCAGCCUGAGGCCAAAAACCAGAGACCACAUGGCUAUCACCCGUGAGAAACGCCCGUCAUUUGCCGGUGCAAACAUGGUGGCUGUGGACAGAGUCGACCACUGUCCUGGCACUGAAAGCUGGUGCAGACAGGACCGCAGAUGAAAUGGUCCUCACUCCAUCACUGUAAGGAGACACAGGGGAACCUGCCGGGUGUGUUGGGGGCUGGCUUCGCCCAGCCCUCACCUUCUGUCUGCCCGGAAGGCAAGAGAUCUUUGACAUUGUUCCGUAUCCCCUGGACAGAGGAGACUCCGAUAAAGGAGACCAACGGACCCUGCCAAAAGCUGGGGGCGGGGUGGAGAGCGGGAGGGUGGCUCGGCAGACAGAGGCACCCCUUGACCCUGCAGGAGGUCGAAGCCCUCUCGUCCUUAGAUGCUGAUUCUGAGCACAGCUUUUGGAGGGGUCCAAGUCACCACAUGGAACCUUCUUCCCCUCAGCGUCCUCCCGAGGGGAGUCCUACUCCUCUCAAAUCAAAGAUUUCUACAGGACCUGCUCAUUUUGUCUUUGUGUCUUGUCUUUUUUUUUUAAACAUCACAUUAAGAUUUAAAAGGUUAAGGUACAUAAUAAAAGCUCACCUCUUGUUUCUGUC